AUGUAUGAAAAAAGAAUAAGCAUGUUCGAUUAUGAUGAAAAUAAGGUAAUUUAAAAAGAGGAAUUCUCAAAUCCUUUGAAAUAAAUACCUUAUUUAGAAAAUGCUAUACCAUGCUUACAAGAAAAUUUUUUAAAAAGUUCUUAAAAAGAGUUAUAAUCCCUUUAUUUUAGCUUGGAAGAUGCUAUAUUUGAUGACAAUUCUCAUCAUAAGUCAGGAUAUCUUGACUAGUUUAGAACUCAAAAUUAAUAUUAUACAGUUGAUGAUAUUUUUUGUAUGCUUGAGCAAAGUUAUUAAUGCAAGAUACUCAUACAAGGCUAAGCAGGAGCUGGUAAAACAACACUAAUAUAAUACAUUGCGCAUUAAUGGAGCCAAAAAAAUAUACUUAGUGACAGGUUUAGUGAAAUUUAUUUCAUAUCCCUUAAAACUCUUUUGAAUUAAACAUGGGCUGAACAGUAUAUAAUUGAUUAAAAAUAUUCUAAGGAGUUUUAAAUAAAUCCUCUCAAAUUUCUUAUCCAUACAAAUGUUUCUUUAAUGAUUAAUAAUUAAGGUCAAUAGAAAUAAAUACAACCUGAAGAUAUCAAGCUGUACAAUGAUAAAAUUUUACUUUUGAUAGAUGGUUUUAAUGAGAUUACUUCUGUUUAAGAAGAUCAUAUAGUUUGCUUGAUUUUGAAGUAAAUAUUUGAUUAACAGAAUAUCAUUUUGACUUCAAGGACCAACACACUUUCAAUUUACUGGAAAAAUAAAUUUGAUAUAAUUUUAGAGAAUAUCGGUUUUAAUAAGCUUUAAAUACAUUAAUACAUUGAAAACCACAUAGAUUAAUAAAUACUUUAAGCUUAACUAUACAAAAUAAUCAUAGAAAAUAAACAAUUGUACAAAAUAUCUUAGAUACCUGCUAACUUGGCAAUGCUUUGCUAAAUAGUCUCUUUAAUUAAAGAUAAUUUAUAAUCUUUAAAAAUAGAUGGAUUAUAUUAGCUCUAUAGACUAUUUUUCCAAAUGUUAUUUGAAAAAUUAGAUUAAUGUUUAAAAAAUUAAUCAUAAAAUGAAUAAAAGCUAUCUCAAAUCGAUUUAAUUCGGCAGUUGGCGUAUUCAUGCUAAACAGAAUAAAUUUUAGAAAUUGAAAGUCAAAUUGAUAAAGAUGACGCAAUUACAAUAAAUCAUAAUGAAAAUGAGCAAAAUGAGAGUUAUUUAAUUAAAAAUUUAGAUCAAUUUGUUAAUUUUGGAUUAAUUAAAUAAGUCUUUUAUGAUAAAAAAGUAUAUCGCUUUACUCAUUUGCUGUUUUAAGAAUUUUUAGCGGCUGAAUAUCUUGUAGAAAAACUCUAGAGUGGAAAUAAGUAAAAAAAAAAAAAUGUUAUUAGUUAUAUUUCUCAGCACAGAAAUGAAGAGAGAAUGCGGCAAGUUCUAAAAUUUAUGAGUUAAAUUAUUAUAAAUCUGGGAAAUUAAUCAAUUUUAGACGAAUUUUGGUAUUCAAUGAGUUGCAAUAUAGAAGGAAUGCUUGAGUUCGAUAUUAUCUAAAAAGUUAAGCUGUUGAUGCAAUUGAUUGGAAAUAUAAAUAACUCAUCAGAAAACGAAAUUAGAAUUAUCGAUAGUACGAUUCCUAACAUAAACUAAAUUAAAAUUUUUAUUGAUUUGAUUGUUUUAUUCAACUUGAAUGAAUUCAAAUAUGAACUAAUGCAUUCAGGUUAUAAAAGCCAAAUAAUAUCUUCGAAAAUAUAGUCUCUGCUUGAGGGAUUUGAUAACACCUCAGAUUUGUUAAGAGAAAUUAAAAUUUAGAUAAUAAAUUAUAAUUUUGCAAUAGACGUUGAUUCUGUCGAAAGAUAUUAUAAUAGUUAAAAAGAUAUUUAAUGCUGUAUAAAUUUUAAUUAAAAAAGUUAAUCAAAAAAGGAUUAAAAAAUAUAAAAUUAGAAUGACUAAUAAGAAGAAUAAUUCAAGUGUAUUCAACAAGUUGAUUAAUUUUUAAAGGUUAAUUAAUCACAUGAAGCAUAGAAUGAUAAGUUUGUCUAAGAAAUGAUAAAUAAGUCAUUAGGCUUAAAUAUGGCUAAUUUUUAUUCCUAUAUUGAUCAGAAUAUUUUAGAGUAAAGUAUCUUAGAUAUACUAAACAAAAAGGAGACAGAGACUUAUACAAAAAGUAUUGCAUUAAAAAUAAUUAUAAAAUAAUUACAAAAUUAGUUUGAUUUUAACAAUAAAUAUUAUUAAAAAAUAUUUGAUUGGAUUAUUGAAACAGAAAUAAGUUAUUAAAGUAAUUUACAAAAAAUUACUAAAUCUAAAAGAAACUCUGAUGAAUUUAAGAAUACUCAAGACAGAAAUGUUGAAUCAGAAGAUAUGAAUUAGCAAGCAGACUGCUUUUAUUGCUAAAAUUAUGAAUUAAUUAUGAGAUAAAAUGAAGAAGUUUUACAUGAAUAAAUGAUUUUAAUUCUUAAAUAUUUAAAUAGCUUCAAUUUAAGUAGCUUCUAUCAAUGCUUGAAUAGCAUGACAAAGUAUUUGCUUCAUUACUAAAAAAAUUUACUUCCUUUAGCCUUUGAGAUAAUUAUUUAAGCAAGGUAACUUAACAGUCAAAAUUAUAUCCACAUAAAACAAGGCUAGGCAACUCUGCAUGAACUGGUAAAAAUAGUUGCUAAUCACGUAUUAGAUUUUCCAAAUUUUUUGCAAAUUUGGAGAACUUUUACAGAUGAAAUGAAGAAUAUCCUUUUAGAUAAUUUGGAAUGCAUAUGCAAACAAUUAAACCCAUAGAGAUUAGUUAAUUUAUAAGUUUUACAAAUUAAAUUGCCAAACAAUUAAAACACCAUUCCUAAUGGAACUACUGACAAAUAUUUCUGA